AUGUCAGAUACAACAACCACGACAUUUGUUCCAUUUGGUUCCUACAAAUGUGCUGUGUAUCCAGAUUUGUAUAUUCAACCGUGGCACCCAACCAAUCUAGUUGCACCACCUAUUCGAAAUUGUUUGGGAACUUCAGGAAACUUUGAAUUAGUUAGAAACAAAUACGUACGAUAUACAAUACAUACAAGUGGUUCAGCAAUUGAUGAUCUGACUCUUAUUCUAUUGGACGAAAUAUCAAAUAUUGCAAUUUGUACUGUCUCAGCUAUAGGACAAGAUGCUGAUUGGAUGGAUUGUGAACAGAAUGGUAAGAAUGGCUUACUGUUACUACAUAGAAUAAAUGCAAUUUUUCUACAGGAAUCAGCCCAUC